AUGUCGUUACCUCCGGCAAGUGGUACCGGCAGAUAUUUUGCAAGAGCAGCUAAAUCUAUUCGUUUGAUCCGUCAUGGGUGUACUAACAGACCUUUUUUUCACAUUUCCGUCACUCAUAGGAAACGAACAAACGCCCAGCCAGUGAUUGAGCAGUUGGGUUCAUACGACCCCAUGCCUAAUGUAAAUAAUGAAAAACUAGUGGCUCUGAAUUUAGAAAGGAUAAAAUACUGGCUUGGCAAAGGUGCUCAUGUGUCUACCCCUGUUGCUGAGCUAUUUGGUCUCGCUGGAUUUUUUCCAAUUCACCCUAGGUCCUACAUGACAGCUUGGAGGAAUAGGAGAACUGAAAGGGAAAAUUUGGCAAAAUUGGAAAAUGAGAAAGCUAAAGAAACUACUGCAUAA